CGGGCGGUCAUGGGACUUCAGCAUGGCGGUGUUUGCAGAUUUGGACCUGCGAGCGGGUUCUGACCUGAAGGUUCUGCGCGGACUUGUGGAAACAGCCGCUCACCUUGGCUAUUCAGUUGUUGCUAUCAAUCAUAUCGUUGACUUUAAGGAAAAGAAACAGGAAAUUGAAAAACCGGUAGCUGUUUCUGAACUCUUCACAACUUUGCCAAUUGUACAGGGAAAAUCAAGACCAAUUAAAAUUUUAACUAGAUUAACAAUUAUUGUCUCGGAUCCAUCUCACUGCAAUGUUUUGAGAGCAACUUCUUCAAGGGCCCGGCUCUAUGAUGUUGUUGCAGUUUUUCCAAAGACAGAAAAGCUUUUUCAUAUUGCUUGUACACAUUUAGAUGUAGAUUUAGUCUGCAUAACUGUAACAGAGAAACUACCAUUUUACUUCAAAAGACCUCCUAUUAAUGUGGCAAUUGACCGAGGCCUGGCUUUUGAACUUGUCUAUAGCCCUGCUAUCAAAGACUCCACAAUGAGAAGGUAUACAAUUUCCAAUGCCCUCAAUUUGAUGCAAAUCUGCAAAGGAAAGAAUGUAAUUAUAUCUAGUGCUGCAGAAAGGCCUUUAGAAAUAAGAGGGCCAUAUGACGUGGCAAACCUAGGCUUGCUGUUUGGGCUCUCUGAAAGUGAUGCCAAGGCUGCGGUUUCCACCAACUGCCGAGCAGCGCUUCUCCAUGGAGAAACUAGAAAAACUGCUUUUGGAAUUAUUUCUACAGUGAAGAAACCUCGGCCAUCAGAAGAUGAAGAUUGUCUUCCAGCUUCCAAGAAAGCCAAGUGGUCUCACUCUGUCACCCAGGCUGGAGUGCAGUGGCACAAUCUCGGCUCACUGCAACCUUUGCCUCUUGGGCUCAAGCCAUCCUCCCACCUCAGCCUCCCAAGAACUAGAAUUCAAGAAAGACAACUUUGGAUCUCUCGUCAGAGAGAUCAUACUCCCAAGAACAGGCUUUGACCCUUCUGUAAAAGAUU